GUGAAAUAAUAUAAACCCGCGUGUGUGAGCGGGUCCGGCUGACAUCCGGUGUGAGCUCGGUGUGUCCGGCCCUUAGAGGGCAGCAGACCGUCUUCAUCUUCAUCACGGCUGACCCGCGUUAAUUUGGCGUGAGAGGAGAAACUGAAUCAGCUGAAACAAACAAACAAACAAACAAACACACACGCACAGGAUGAGUGUCGACGUGAAGAAACUGAAAGUGAACGAGCUCAAAGAGGAGCUCCAGCGCCGCGGCCUGGACACCAGAGGCCUGAAGGCGGACCUGGUGGAGAGGCUGAGAGCCGCCCUGGAGCAGGAGGCGGAGGCGGACGCCUCGGAGCAAGGGGAGCAAGGGGAGCAGCAGGAGGAGCAGCAGGAGCAGGAGGAACAGGAGGAGGAGGAGGAGUACUGCCAGGACAACCAAGACAACGAAGAUGUGGAGGAUGUCGAAGAGCCACAGGAAGCAGUUGAUGACGACGACGAUGAAGGUGAAGGCGACGACGGUGAGGAUGGCGACGACGGUGAUGAUGGUGGUGACGUCCCUCAAGAGGAAGACGAGGGUAGAGACUCGGGUGGCUACUACGAAGACGAGGAGGUGGAAGGCGAGCCUUAUGAGAGCCAACCAGCUUCAGACUCCGGUCACAGCAUGCCCGACUUCACGGCAGAUGUCGAUAUUCAGAAAUCCGACGUGACGUCAGAGGACGAGACCAAGCCGGAGCCGGAGCCAGUGGAGAACGUUGAGAGCAAACCAGAAAUCAAAGUCGAGGUCAAGAUGGAAGAUGGCCCCGGCGCUGCCGGAGAUGGAGAUGAACAGCAGGAUAUUCGUGAGACAGAAGAUCAGCAGGACGACGCAGCUCAGGCCGAGCAAAUCAAAGUGGAAGCCGAUAAAGGUGGACACCACGGCCGCAAGAGACCGUAUGAGGAGAGCAGGAGCUACAACUACUACGAGCACAGAGAGGACAAGAGAUCCCGAACACCACAACCCCCUGCUGAAGACGAGGAGGAGAACAUAGAUGACACUCUGGUUACGAUCGAUACAUACAACUGUGAUCUGCACUUCAAAGUAUCCCGGGAUCGCUACAGCGGUUAUCCAUUGACCAUUGAAGGCUUCGCUUACCUGUGGGCUGGAGCGCGAGCUUCACACGGUGUCACCCGGGGCCGUGUGUGCUACGAGAUGAAGAUCAACGAGGAAAUUCCUGUAAAGCACCUGCCCAGCAGUGAGCCAGAUCCCCACGUGGUCAGAAUCGGAUGGUCGCUCAACCACUGCAGCACUCAGCUUGGCGAGGAGCCGUUUUCCUUUGGAUACGGAGGAACGGGAAAGAAAUCCGCUGACUGCAAGUUUUCCGACUUCGGCGAGAGGUUUGGAGAAAACGACGUCAUUGGCUGUUACAUUGACUUUGACAGUGGUGACGAGGUGGAGAUGGGUUACUCUAAGAACGGCGUGUCGCUGGGAGUGGCUUUCCGCACAACCAAGGAGGCGUUGGCAGGCCGUGCCCUGUUCCCCCAUGUCCUGGUGAAGAAUUGCGCCGUUGAGUUCAACUUUGGGCAGAAGUCAGAGCCGUACUUCCCCGCACCAGAGGGCUACACCUACAUCCACAAUCUGGACAUGGAGGACAAAAUCAGAGGCACCAAGGGACCUGCCACCAAAUCUGAAUGCGAGAUCCUGAUGAUGGUUGGCCUGCCCGCCUGCGGAAAGACCACAUGGGCCAUAAAACACGCAGAGACUAACCCCGAGAAGAAGUACAACAUCUUGGGCACGAACGCCAUCAUGGACAAGAUGAAGGUGAUGGGUCUGCGUCGCCAGAAGAACUACGCCGGGCGCUGGGAUGUUCUGAUCCAGCAGGCCACCCAGUGUCUGAACAGGCUGAUCGAGAUCGCCGCCCGCAAGAGGCGCAACUACAUCCUAGACCAGACAAAUGUAUAUGGAUCAGCAAGGAGACGAAAAAUGCGUCCUUUUGAAGGUUUUCAACGCAAGGCUAUUGUAAUUUGUCCCACGGACGAGGAUUUAAAAGAACGAACAUUAAAGCAAACCAAUGAGCAGGGGAAGGAUGUGCCCGAUCAUGCUGUUUUAGAAAUGAAAGCCAACUUUACUCUCCCCGAGGCUUGCGACUUCCUGGAGGCAGUGACGUUUGCUGAACUGCAGCGCGCUGAAGCCGAAAGUCUGCUGAAGCAGUACAAUGAGGAGGGCCGCAAGGCCGGCCCGCCCCCCGAGAAACGCUUUGACAACAGGCAGGGCGGGUUCCGCGGACGCGGCAGCGGUAGCUUCCAGCGGUACGACAACCGCGACGGUUCCCGCGGCGGCUACCAAAACCGCAGUGGAGAUGGAGGCAGCGGAUACAGAGGAGGCUACAAUCGUGGCAGCUAUAACCAGAACCGCUGGGGCAACAGUUACCGUGACAGCGGCUCUGAUGCACGCGUUGGAUACAACCGCAGCCAACAGUCGGGAGGAAGCUACAAUCGCCCAGCCCCUUACAGCAAGGGCGGAUACAACCAGGGCGGCUACAGCCAGGGCUAUAAUCAAGGAUACAACCAGGGCAGCUACAACCAGAAUUACUACGGCAACUACAGCCAGUACCCAGGAUACAGCCAGAGCUACAGCCAGACGCCAUCCACUGGACAGACGUACAACCACCACCAGCAACAGCCACAGCAGCAGCCGCAACAGCCGCCGCAGCAGCAGCAGCAGCAGCAGCAACAACAACAACAGAGCUACAACCAGCAAUAUCAGCAGUAUGCUCAGCAGUGGCAGCAGUACUACCAGAACCAGAACCAGUGGAACCAGUAUUACAGUCAGUACGGCAGCUACCCUGGACAAGGCAACCAGGGCUCGUCUUCUGGUUCCCAGUAGCUUCGCCCUGCAUCCACCUGUGUCCUAAACACUCUGACCUCUGCAGCAAAUUGAUUUUUUUUGUACAGUCCCCAACCGUAACUGUCUCUGUCUGCCUUCAUUCCUCACCAAUCAACGUAACGCAUCAAACUGUAUACAGUUUAAUGUCUUUUUUUUUUUUUUUUUUUUUUACUGAAUGAAGUCUUACCCUAAGCAGUGACUGUGAGGUGCUAGAUGAUAGGUAUCCAAACAUUUUAAUAAUGAAUGUUAUCUAUUAUGCAUUGAAUGUGGACGUCGAUGAACCGCAAACUCCACAUUUGCUACAGGUUGAAGAGGCGAUUUGUACAUUUCUAGGAUGCAUAGUGUGACAAAAAAAGGGGGCGAGAAAAAAACGCAGCGAAGCCUGAAUAAUUGUGCUUGUUUUAAGAAGCUUAACAAAGAACAAACUGCAUGCUUUUUACCUUCACCACCCUCCCCUCCUGUCUGCUUUUUAUUUUUCAGUUACAGAGUGAGCUCAUUUUAUUUACUCCCAAUAGAAACAAAACAUGGAACAUUUCUUUUUUUUUCUUCUUUUUUUUUUUUUAUAGGUGUUGAUAACUGUAGUAUUUAAGCGUUAAUUCAGUCUUUGAUUGAGAAGAAUAUUUUGCCACUACUAGAAGUUUUAUGUGCAGUUUUCUUUUUUUUAUCCCUUUUGUGAUUGGUGUUCAUUGAGUUCGGUAGUUUAAAUCCUGUUUGUCAUACCCAUUUUUUUCUACCUGGAAAAUCCGAUUUGAUCAGUUACUCGAGCUGUCUUCUUGUCUUUAUACAAUAAAUGCAAUUGUAUACGCCUGUAA